UCCCGACUCCAGGACCCUUGCAUGGACUGUGCCCGGGCUGUCCUAGCAUAGAGACGCCCAAAGCCUCACUCACCCCCGCCCGGGUUGGGGGCCAUGGAUCGCCUCCCAGAGCUCGCCCUCUGCAGUCGGUGGCGAGUCCCACUGGUUCAGCCGGCAAAUGCUCCGGGGCGUUCACUAGGUGUGGGCCCAGCCACCAACCGGGGUCCGUCUCCUGGACAGUCACUGGACGCGUGCGGCGGGCAAGGCUCCCCGGCUUCCGCCCGUGCCCCAAGUCUUCCCGGGGGGCGGCGGCCGGCGCCUCUCACCCCGAAGGGGCGUCCGAGGCCUCGCAGCCAGGCCUCAGCCGUAGCCCCGGCCGGAGAAACCGUCGGCGGAGCGGUGUCCCGGCAGCCGCGGCGGGGGCGUGGUCCCCUCUCCGCUCCAGGAGAGGAGCUUUCCGCCGGGCUGAGGUCCCCGCGAGUGAGGCGGAAGUGGUAAGACUGACGUGUCCUGGGCUGCUCUGCAGAUCGCCGGGAGGGCCCCCCGCCGGGGGUGGGGGGUGGGGGGCGGGCUAGCCGAGCCUUGCGGGCUCUCCGGAGCUGGGCCGGCCUCCCGGCUGGAGAAAGCUCGUCGGGGAGCACCUCACUAAGCCGAGUGCGGCCGCAGCCUCUGUGAUCAGGCACCGCGGCGGACAACCCCGUGGAGGUCGGGCGUCAGGUCCUCUCCGGGCCGCCGCUAGCGCGCCGCUCUGGGGGAAACCCGGGCAGGAGCCCAAGGGCAGCUACGGGGCCGCAGAGGCCGCGGGCGCCGUCUCGGCCAGCCCUACCUGAGCUGUGAGGACCCCGCGGAUGCCGCGGGAAGGUGCUGGAGGUUUCACUGCCUUAAGGAUGACAGUCCUAGGGCACCCGCCGAGUUGGAGCUGCCAGUGGUUGCCAUUCCUGAUACUGCUGCUGGGCACAGGCCAUGAGCCAGGGGUGGAAGGUGUGACACACUACAAGGCCGGUGACCCCGUCAUUCUGUAUGUCAACAAAGUGGGACCCUACCACAACCCUCAGGAGACUUACCACUACUAUCAGCUUCCGGUCUGCUGCCCUGAGAAGAUCCGUCACAAAAGCCUUAGCCUGGGGGAAGUGCUGGAUGGGGACCGAAUGGCUGAGUCUUUGUACGAGAUCCGCUUUCGGGAGAAUGUGGAGAAGAGAAUUCUGUGCCACAUGCAGCUCAGUUCUGCACAGGUGGAGCAACUGCGCCAGGCCAUUGAGGAACUGUACUACUUUGAAUUUGUAGUGGACGACUUGCCAAUCCGCGGCUUUGUGGGCUACAUGGAGGAGAGUGGCUUCCUGCCUCACAGCCACAAGAUAGGGCUCUGGACUCAUUUGGAUUUCCACUUAGAAUUCCAUGGAGAUCGAAUUAUAUUUGCCAAUGUCUCGGUGCGGGAUGUCAAGCCCCACAGCUUAGAUGGGUUACGACCUGAUGAGUUCUUAGGCCUCACCCACACCUACAGCGUGCGCUGGUCUGAGACUUCAGUGGAGCGUCGGAGUGACAGGCGCCGUGGUGAUGAUGGUGGUUUCUUUCCCAGGACACUGGAGAUCCAUUGGUUGUCCAUCAUCAAUUCCAUGGUGCUUGUGUUUUUACUGGUGGGUUUUGUGGCUGUCAUUCUCAUGCGUGUGCUUCGAAACGACCUGGCUCGAUACAACUUGGAUGAGGAGACUACGUCUGCAGGUUCUGGUGAUGACUUUGACCAAGGUGACAAUGGCUGGAAGAUUAUCCAUACAGAUGUCUUCCGCUUCCCUCCGUACCGUGGUCUGCUCUGUGCUGUGCUUGGUGUGGGUGCCCAGUUCCUGGCCCUUGGCACUGGCAUUAUUGUCAUGGCACUGCUGGGCAUGUUCAAUGUGCACCGUCACGGGGCCAUUAACUCGGCAGCCAUCUUAUUGUAUGCCCUGACCUGCUGCAUCUCUGGCUACGUGUCCAGCCACUUCUACCGGCAGAUUGGAGGCGAGCGUUGGGUGUGGAACAUCAUUCUCACCACCAGCCUCUUCUCUGUGCCUUUCUUUCUGACGUGGAGUGUGGUGAACUCGGUGCACUGGGCUAAUGGUUCGACACAGGCUCUGCCAGCCACCACCAUCUUGCUGCUUCUGACGGUUUGGCUGCUGGUGGGUUUCCCCCUCACUGUCAUUGGAGGCAUCUUCGGGAAGAAUAAUGCUAGCCCCUUUGACGCACCUUGUCGCACCAAGAACAUCGCCCGGGAAAUCCCACCCCAGCCUUGGUACAAGUCUACGCUCAUCCACAUGACUGUUGGAGGCUUCCUGCCUUUCAGUGCCAUCUCCGUGGAGCUCUACUACAUCUUUGCCACAGUCUGGGGUCGGGAACAGUACACUCUGUACGGCAUCCUCUUCUUUGUCUUCGCCAUCCUGCUGAGCGUGGGGGCGUGCAUCUCCAUUGCGCUCACCUACUUCCAGCUGUCUGGGGAGGAUUACCGCUGGUGGUGGCGCUCUGUGCUGAGUGUUGGCUCCACUGGGCUCUUCAUCUUCCUCUACUCCGUUUUUUACUAUGCCCGGCGCUCCAACAUGUCAGGGGCCGUACAGACAGUAGAGUUUUUUGGCUACUCCUUACUCACAGGUUAUGUCUUCUUCCUCAUGCUCGGCACCAUCUCCUUUUUUUCUUCCCUAAAGUUCAUCCGUUAUAUCUAUGUUAACCUCAAGAUGGACUGAGUUUUGGGGGGCAAAACCAUUGCUCUUCUCUCCCAUUCUUCACGUCCAGAGGCCCAUUGAGCUCUCUCAACCAACGUCUCUUCUGAUUUAGUGACUGAAUUGUGAUGGCAUCGCUGCCUUCCCCUUUGCCCUUGGGGCCUCCCUUCCCCGCAGGGCCUGGAAAUUACAAAUCUCUAUUCUAUAAGGAGUAUAUAUUUGAACUUUUUAAGUUGCCUUUAGUUUGGGUCCUGAUUUUCCUUUUUACAAUUAUCAAAAUAAAAUUUAUUAA